AUGGGCAUUUCAACUGAAUCCAUCGUUAGCUACGGUGAUACUCCCGUGGAUCCUGUUAUCUGUUCAAUCUGUCAUGGAAUUCUGUGGAAACCUGUGACAUGUGCCGAAUGUGAAAGCACCUAUUGUGGAGAGUGUAUCGAUACUUGGUUGCAAACGGCAAACGGCAAAACAUGUCCAAAAUGUGGAUGUGAAUUCAAAGGAAUCCGUGUGUCCAGAGUUUUACUUCAACUGCUGUCCAAGUUACAAAUUCGUUGUGGACAUACGCCGAAUGGUUGCGCCGAAGUUCUCUUCUACGAUGCCUUACAAAAUCAUCUGCUGGAAUGUAAGUAUGAAGUACGCUGUUCUAAAUGCGCUGCCUUAUAUAGGAAAGAACAAGGACAUGACAGAAAUGAUUGUUUGGAAAAACAAAUGAAAGAUCAAAAUGAUGCGUUUCAAACAAGACUGACAGACCAACAAGUUGUUAUUCAAAAUCUGGAAAAACAAAUGAAAGAUCAAACUGCUGAGUUUGAAAAGAAACUUGCUCAGCAUCAAGAUGCUUUACAAGAACUACAACGCCUUGGUCAAAAUUUACAAAAUGAAAAUAACAAACAUCAAGGUAAAUCGUUUUAA